CACCCCCCCGCGUCCAACAGGAGGCGAUGACGUCUGUAGCCUCGUUGCCAGAACAGUCCCCAGGCUGCCGCUGCCGUUCAUUGACAGGAGCGGGCGCUCGGACGUCAGCAGCCGGACCUUUGGCAAGGCUGCUCCCGCGGAGACGGUUCCCACCCCCGCACCUGCCAGCCCGCCCCCCCCCGGGGGGGUGGUCACGAAAUCAAAGCCUCCAGAGGAGGGGGGGGCCGGGGAGGUGCUGGGACUGGGGGAGGGGGGUGACUCGAAUCUGCCCUCUUUGUCCUGGAGCACCGGAGUAUAUAAAUAGUGCAGUCUCCAGCCAGACGCUCUCCCACUAUUGCACGCCCCCGCAGUACCCCCCAUCCGACCCCCGCCCCUUGUCACUACGCGUCGGGUUCGCUCUGCCAGGAGGGAGGCUGGGGUGCGGGGAAGCAGGGAGCGCAAACAGACAUUGGUUCUCUUUCCUCUUCCCAUUCAUAGAUUUCGGUUGGAGUCCUAGGGCCGCCGCGCCUGGAGUCGCAAUGAAUGGAUGGAUGCCCGCGCGCUGGGACCACCAGGUCCGCAGAGACGUCGCCGGCGCUAGGGGCGCUCCUCCAGCCUGGGGACAGGCGCCCUCGCCUCGGCGCAGUUGGGGGGGACCCCAAACUACCCUUAAGAGGCCAAAGGCCUGCUCUCCCCUUUCUCCCCAACACACACCAGGGUUAUUUUCUGUCCCUGAGAAGUUGGGACGCAAAACGUAGGGAACUGCGAUCAGUCUCCGCACCAUGAAGAGGUCCAGAUAGGGACCAAAGCCAGGGCCAUCCCGCAGCACGGAGGGUAGCAACAGAGAGGGGAGCGCCCACGUGGCGCAACGCGGGGGCUGAAGCCAAGCCUGUAGCCUCUCCCUGAGCACCGCUGGCGGCCCAGGACCGCGCGCUCUCCCUUCCUGAGCACCGAGCGAUGCACUGCGCAGGGAAGGAGGGCACGGCGGGAGGGUGCGUGCAGGGGACUGCUGCGCGGAUUCCCCACCCGAACCCGGCUCGCGGGGAAUCCGUGGGCUUGCACUCGCCAGAAAGAGCUGCUGCAGGAGCGGCAGAAUGGUAAGGCCCGUUCCCGAUCCUGGGUGGGAGGAACUUAAAGGACUGAGUUCUGAGGCACCAGGCACAGGGCGCAGCUUCAUAAAUGCACCCAAAAGCUUCCAUGGACUGACGGCACAGAUGUGGCUGAAGUGAACCUAAGGACGUUUGCUACCCCAAGACCCGGGCUUCAGGCCAGGUGACAACGGACGCCUAGGAGUGUGGUGACACCUGCGCAGAGCUCCUGGUGGUUCAACCUGUCCGAGAAGGUUGCAAGAAGAUGCCACUGUCUUAGCUUUCUCCCCUAGUGCUCAUACCCCAGAAAAGGUCACUGGGGCACUAGAUCCCAACCCCUUGUGCCAUGAGAGGGAAGCCCGCACAACUGUGUUGGCACUCCCCCCAAAUCGUCUCCUGGGUCCUUCCCAUUACACACACACAUAUAAUGUCAUUUCCCUAUGGAAAAAUAAAUCAGAACUUUCUCGACUCUCCACCUUCUCCCUCCAUCUCCACCCAGGUUCUCUGUUUUCCUUCACAACAGACUGCAGCUGUCUAGAGGGUGGCUCUGGUCUCUCUCCUCUCUCUGGGUCUUGAAUCGUUCCAGAACACUUUCUUAAGAGUUCUACUUCUGCCGCCUGCAAUAUCUCACUUUUACGAAGGUCACCAUUCAACCCAAAACUCUGUAUCCGAGAGUCCAUUCUUAGACAUCUAAGAUGACUUAGCCACUGCAGUGGACAGAAAUCCUCAUCCCACCUCCUUAGAACACAGCCUUCACUAGGCUUUCCAGACGCUCCACUCUGCUGAUUUGUGUCCCACCUUUCUGGACAUUCCCUCUUAGUCACAUUUGCUGAACUCCUCAUCUCCCACUGUCUUCAGGUUGCAGUGUCCCAAGGCUCAUCCAUGGACCUUUUAUUUUCCAUCACUCCCUGCUCCCUUGGUGAUCUUGCUCAGCCUCGUGGGUUUAAAUCUGAAUACUAAUGAUGCUUGCACUUAUAUAUUUAGCCUAGACCCAUCCCCUAAACUCUAGAUUCAUGUUUCUAACUACCAGCUCCACUGGGGCAUCUCGAAGGUGUCUGAAACCUAACAAGGCUAUCACUGGGCUCUUGAUUUUACCCCCAUCACAAACCUGCUCUUCCCACAGUUUUUCCACCUUGGUGAAUGGAAAGCCCACACUCAUCAUGUCUGGGUUAUAGCUGUCACCACCUCCCUCAGCUCUCACUCUGCCCACACCUCCUUCACUCUAUUCUCAGCCACAUGGGCCUUCCUAGAACCCACCAGGCACCCUCCCAACUCAGAGCCUUUGCAGCUGCUGAUUCCUCUCCAGAAACUCCUCUGCCCAAUGUCCUGAAUAUCUGCAGGGCACAUUCUCUUCCUCUUUCACAUUUUUUCCUCUUGCACCUCUUCAAGAAGCCUCCAGCGUCCACCCCACCACACACUGCUACACCACCUCUCCCAGCACUUAUUCCUGCCCUUCUUUGCUUUACUUCCUCCAUGCAUUGCUUGUAGUUCACUUACCUGCCUUGUUUAGUCUAUUUUCCCAGUAAAAUGUCAGCUUCCUAAUGGCAGGAAUUUUGCCUUUGCUUAUAAUUGCAUAAAAACUACAUAACCUCAUCAAACUUUCUUUACCUCUCACACACAUUCGGGAGUUGCCUGAUUCUUCUCUUAGAACACAGAAGAAAGUGAGCUUGGAGGUUGGCAAAGGCCAUUUCUCUGCCAUAGUGAUCUCCCACAUUAAAUGUGUAUGUGUGUGUGUGUGUGUGUGUGUGUGUGUGUGUGUGUAUCUGCCCAAGACCACUGUCACAUCUCUGGUGAUUCCUGAGAAAUGCAAUCUCUCUACCUUCCUCACUUUCUUCUUCAAUCCUUUCUUUGCCUUCCCCUUUUUCUUUCUUUUCUCUCCAUUAGUCUUCUUUUCUUUUCUUUUCUGCCUUAAGCCUUCCAUGGGCACCAAGGGGCAUGCCCACCUAGCCCUUGGCCACCACUGAGGUAAACGGGACCUUCAGGCUUACCUGUGUUCUCAAAGCCGCCUGCUCCUUCCCAUCCUUCCUGUUUCAAUAUGUUCACAUCCCUUCUCAUUAGCAAAUAAAUAUAUCUGUUUCUGGAGCUUUGGAGUACCCAAA